AUGGAAAAACAAACAAUGAAAAGGAUUAAAAUUGUGCAUCCAAUGAAAUUCCAGUCGACAUCAUUAUCGAAUGCAGCGCCCGAAUGUAAGAUAGUAAAAAACGGAACGCGCCUUCGGUCCAAACUUGCAACGAAUAAGCGAGAAGCUUCUGUAGGCGGUGGUUCAAUCCCAGAUCCCACGUUGCCGCACCUCAAAUACGGAAUGUUCGCGAAAAAAAAUGUCAACAGAAGUCAAAAUAAAACUGUGAUUUCAUCUAAUGACGAAAAUACGAAAACGUUUCGCGCCCAGGAUCAACAAACGCGUUCGCCAACUACAUGCGUCAAAUCGAAGAGCUCCCGCAGGCCGGUAGCGACGAGGAAUUUAGGUAUCUCUCAGAUAUACCACGUCGAUGUGAAGCCACAGCGCAAACUGCCAAUAUCCCCAACGCACAGAGCCACGUCGCCUCUGCACAGAAACUACAGGAAUAGGAAGCUACACUUGUCGCCAAAAAAACGGGCUUCCUUGUUAUAA